AUGGCUGGCUACUUUAGUGCCUCCAAAGCCUUCGCAAAACUGAGCAAGAGGUUCAAGGAUCCAGUCAGGGUGCUCAUCACCGGAGGUGCGGGACAGAUUGCUUAUUCUCUGGUGCCUCUCAUAGCCAAGGGCGACGUGUUCGGCUAUGACCAGCCUGUGAUCCUGCACCUCCUGGACAUCACGCAAUUGAUGGGAGUCCUCAGUGGUAUCGCCAUGGAGCUCCAGGACUGCGCUUUCCCACUGCUGAAAGAGGUGGUGGCCACCGACGACGAGAAGAAGGCCUUCACGGGCAUCGACGCUGCCGUCCUGUUGGCCUCGUGUCCCACUAAAGCAGGCACCACGCGCAAGGACCUCUUAGCUCCAAACGCCAAGAUCUACGAGAGCCACGGGAACUGCAUCAACCUGUACGCCAAGAAGACCGUCAAGGUUCUCGUAGUGUGCAACCCGGCGAACACUAUCGCGUUCAUCUGCUCCAAGUACGCUCCGUCCAUCCCCAAGGAGAACUUCUCAGCCUUGACGCGGACCGACCACAACAGGGCAAGGUUGCAGAUUGCCCAGAAGCUAAAGGUCUCUGCUGCGGACGUGAAAAACGUGAUCAUUUGGGGCAACCACUCGGCCACCCUGGUCCCAGACGUCAGCCACGCAACUGUGCGCAUGAACAACCAGGUCGUCAGGGUCACUGAAAUUCUUAAGGACCAAGACUACUUACAAGGAGAGUUCAUCAAAACGGUGCAGAACCGCGGUUAUGCAAUAUUCGCGGCGCGCAAACGGUCCAGCGGAAUGAGUACAGCCAGCGCAGCUGCAGACCAGUUGCACGACUGGUGGCAAGGAACUCCAGAGGGCGAGUGGGUGUCCAUGGCUGUGAUGAGUGACGGCUCGUACGACACGCCACCUGGCGUCAUAUUCAGCUUUCCGGUGCGGGUAGACGCCCUCCGGCGCUGGCACAUCGUGGGCGGACUGGAAAUCUCGGACUUCGCCCGACAAAAGAUCGACCUCACCGGCAAAGAGCUCGUCGAGGAGCGAAACAAUGCUCUUGAAAUAUGCAAGUGCUGA